CUUCAGAUCAGAUAUAACAGCACAGAAGAGGAAAAACUCUGAUCAAGCUUUUCCGGUCUGCAAGCCCUAAUUUCCUCUCAAGACCUCUCCGGCGGUGGAGCGGAGCAGAAGGCGGAGGCACUGAGAGGGAGAAAGUGGGGGAUAUUACCGCGUAUCCUACCGCCACAAGCCCGCGCCUCUACGGUUCCUCCCGAGUAGUAUAAUGCACCCUGUCCUCGGUGAAUUGUGCCCGGGAAAGAGGAGUGUGUGAGGGGGGAACAGAGCAGAAUGGUUCGGCGGACAGGAGCGCAGUCGCUCCGUCUCCGUGAAGCCGCCACAGAGCGCCCGCUGAUGCCCGUCCUCCUCUCCGCCGUCCGGCUGCACUCACCUCCGGGUGUCUCUCCGACAUGUCAUUACAUAACUCGGCGCCACUCGACUUAGUUUCCCCCAAACGCCAGGAGUAUUUUUGGGAGAGACUCGUUGCUAGCCCCAGCAGUGGGUUUGAAUCCGGUCUGUGGUGGGUUUUCUGUCGUGGACUGAAGGCUCAGCACCUAAGGGGUUGAAACCUGAGUCCAGCGGUGAUGAGAGCUCACUCCGAGAGGGUUUCAGUGGUGUGCUGCCAGAAGCAUCUGGAAAGGAUAACACUGGGAUACACUCCCCCUCCAGAGGACCAGAGGAUCAUUCACAUCCCAGACAUUUUCGAGUACAGCUCUAAGUGUCUUUCAGCUUGUGUUUAAUUACCUCUGCCACAGGUUUAAGUUCAUGAAAUAAUCCUGAGGGUCCCUCGGAGCUAUGCAGUGAAGAUGUGUGCAGCCAGGUUCAAUGGCUGUGCCGAGGAGGCCUCCGGUCCGGUCACAGCCUCCAGGAUGCUGGACUGGACAGAGGCCGGGCCCCGCAUCCUCCACAGCCUGGAGAUGGGGACAGUGAUGACUGUCUUCUACCAGAAGAAGUCCCAGAAGCCCGAGAGGAGAACCUUCCAGAUAAGGCAGGACAUGCGACAGAUAGUGUGGAGCAGAAACCCCGACAAAAUAGAAGGAGAGGUCGACAUACGAGAGAUCCGGGAGCUGCGGCUGGGGAAGGGCUCCCGUGAUUUCGAGCGCUACCCGGAGGAGGCCCGAAAACUGGACGCCGCCCACUGCUUCAUCGUGCUCUACGGACAGGAGUUUCGCCUCAGGACGCUCAGUGUGGCCGCCUUCAGUGAGGAGGAGGUCAACAUGUGGAUCACCGGCCUCAACUGGCUGAUGAUGGACACUCAGAGAGCGCCCGCUCCGCAGCAGACAGACAGGUGGCUGAGGAAGCAGUUUGAAGCCAUGGACAGGAGCCACGAGGGCAGCAUCACAGUGAAGGAUGUGAAAGCGCUGCUUCCUCAGAUCAACUACAGAGUCCCUAACACGCGCUUUCUCAAAGACAAACUGCAGGAAGUGGAGGCCAGGAGCGACUUGUCCUACCCCAACUUCUCCCAGCUCUACAGGACGCUCAUGUUCGACGCACAGAAGAGCAUUAUUGAGCAGCUGGAGCUCUCCUUCCCACUGCGGAAUGUGGACAGACCGGAGCUUUGUCAGAUGUCCCUCUACGACUUCCAGAAGUUCUUACAGAUGGAUCAGAAGGAGUCCUGGGCUUCAGAUCUGAGUCGUGUCCGAGAGUUCCUCACGGGGUACAUGAGGGGGGGGCCGCAGCCGGAGCCCAUGCUACAGCUCGAUGAGUUCCUGACGUUCCUGUUCUCUAAAGAGAAUUCUGUGUGUGACCCUCAACUGUCUCCUGUCGUUGCUGAUGACAUGAAAAGGCCGCUGUCUCAGUACUGGAUCUCCUCCUCUCACAACACCUACCUGACAGGUGAUCAGUUUUCCAGUGAAUCGUCUCUGGAAGCGUACGCCCGCUGCCUCAGGAUGGGCUGCCGCUGCAUUGAACUGGACUGCUGGGACGGACCUGACGACCUGCCAAUCAUCUACCACGGCCACACGUUAACCUCCAAGAUCAAGUUCCUGGAUGUGCUGCACACCAUCAAAGAGCACGCCUUCGUCACAUCUGAGUAUCCUGUGAUCUUGUCCAUCGAGGACCACUGCAGCGUGGUGCAGCAGAGGAACAUGGCCACACACUUCAAGAAGGUGUUCGGAGAUCUGCUGCUCACCAAGCCUGUAGACAACGGCGCAGAGGAGCUCCCCUCCCCCCACCAGCUCCGCAGGAAGAUCCUCAUCAAGCACAAGAAGCUGGUGGAAGGCACGCUGUACGAAGAGGUGACUUCAGCCAGCUACUCAGAAAACGACAUCAGCAACUCUCUGAAGAACGGCAUCCUCUACCUGGAAGACCCCAUCGACCACACGUGGACCCCGCACUAUUUUGUCCUGACCAGUAAUAAGAUUUACUAUUCAGAGGAGACGUCUCACUACCAGACGACUAAUGAAGAGGAGGACGACGAAGCGAAAGAGGAGUGUAACAACAACGAGCAGCACUGUGCCGAGCGCUGGUUCCACGGGAAGCUGGGCGGAGGUCGUGACGGGCGACAGGUGGCCGAGAAGCUCCUGCAGGAGUACUGCGAGGGGGGGGCCAAGGACGGAACCUUCCUGGUGCGGGAGAGUGAGACGUUUGUGGGAGACUACACCCUCUCCUUCUGGCGCUCCGGUCGGGUCCAGCACUGCAGGAUCCACUCCCGUCAGGAGUCGGGCUCCACUCGAUUCUACCUUACCGACAACCUGGUAUUCGACAGCCUGUACCGCCUCAUCUGCCACUACAGAGACACGCCUCUGCGCUGCAACGAGUUUGAGAUGCGGCUGCUCAGCCCCGUCCCUCAGCCCAACGCGCACGAGAGCAGAGAGUGGUUCCACUCCAGUCUGUCGCGUGUUCAGGCUGAACACAUGCUGAUGCGUGUCCCCAGAGACGGAGCUUUCUUAGUGCGGAAACGCAGCGAAAACAGCUCCUAUGCCAUCUCCUUCAGGGCGGAGGGGAAGAUCAAGCACUGCCGUAUUCAGCAGGAAGGACGCCUCUUCAUGUUGGGCAGCUCGGCAGAGUUCGAGAGUCUCGUGGACCUGGUGACCUACUACGAGAAGCAUCCUCUGUACCGCAAGAUGAGGCUCCGCUACCCCAUCAACGAGGACACUCUGGACCGCAUGGGCACCGCGGAGCUCGACUACGGGGCGCUAUAUGAGGUCCGCACCCCUCAUUUCUACGUGGAGGCCAAUAAGAUGCCCACAGCUCGGUGCACGGUCAAAGCUCUGUACGACUAUCGAGCUCAGAGGGAGGACGAGCUCUGCUUCCCCAAACAGGCGCUCAUCGUCAGUGUGGAGAAGCAGGAUGGCGGCUGGUGGCGAGGCGACUACGGAGGGAAGAAACAGCUGUGGUUUCCUGCAAACUAUGUGGAGGAGGUCCCCAGCUCCCCCUCCAGAGAGCCGGACCAAGUGUCCACAGAGAACAGUCCUCUCGGGACGUUUCUUAAGGGCUUCAUUGAUGUUCCCACCUGCCAUGUCGUGGUGCUUAAGGACGGGAAGAACUCUCGCCCCCAUGUGAUCACCAUCCAGUCCCAGCAGCCGUCCUCUCUCCCGGUGCAGACCCUGGACGUGGCGGCCGACUCUCUGGAGGACCUGACGGGCUGGGUGUCCCGGAUCAGAGAGGCCACGCAGAACGCUGACGCACGGAUGCAGGAGGAGAAGCAGAUGGAGAGGAGGAAGAAGAUCGCGGUGGAGCUGUCAGAGCUGGUGGUCUACUGCAGACCCGUCCCCUUCAACGAGGACAAGAUCGGGACAGAGAGGGCGUGUUACCGGGACAUGUCCUCCUUCCCGGAGACCAAGGCGGAGAAGUUUGCGACCCGCAGCAAAGGGAAGCGCUUCCUGCAGUACAACCGCCGGCAGCUCUCCAGAGUCUACCCCCGAGGACAGAGGCUGGACUCGUCCAACUACGACCCGCUGCCCAUUUGGCUCUGCGGCUCCCAGCUGGUGGCUCUCAACUUCCAGACCCCAGAUAAACCCAUGCAGCUGAACCAGUCCCUGUUCAUGCUGGGAGGGAGCAGCGGCUUCGUUCCUCAGCCCGAAGUUAUGAGCGACGACGCCUUCGACCCUUUCGACAAGGACACCCUACAUGUGGAGCCAAUCACCAUCCAGUUACAGGUGCUCGGAGCCCGCCACCUGCCUAAAAAUGGCCGCAGCAUCGUCUGUCCCUUCGUGGAGGUGGAGAUCUGUGGAGCAGAACAUGACAGCUGUAAAUGCAAGACGGACGUCGUGGCUGAUAACGGGUUGAACCCUGUGUGGGUGCAGAGGCAGUUUGUGUUCGACAUCCACAACCCCAGCUUCUCCUUUCUGCGCUUCACUGUCUACGAGGAGGACAUGUUCAGCGAUCCUAACUUCCUGGCACAGGCCACCUUCCCUGUCCGUCUGCUACGCACAGGCUACAGGAGCAUCCCCCUGAAGAACAGCUACAGUGAAGAGCUGGAGCUGGCUUCUCUUCUGGUCCACAUAGAGAUCGUCAAUGCAAAGGAGGAGGACGAUGAGAACCUGUACAUGUCCAUCCAGCGGCUGCGGGAUCGAACCAGCGAGCUGUCCACCCAGGUGUCCCUCCUGGAGAGGUCGGGGUCCGGGGACCUGGGCUACCAGCAGAGCCUGGAGGAGCUCAGAGCGGCUCAGGACCAGCUGAGCGAGCUGGUGGAGGCCCGGAACCGCAGGCUGAUGGAGAAGAAGAGGAGGGAGAAGCUCAGGCAGCAGGUGACGGCAAAGCGCAGCUAGCCCCCCCGCCCACCAGAGGGCGCUACACUGCGACUCAAACUGUGGCGGAAACUUCCCUCCAGAGCUGUGAGAACAACAGGCUCUGCAGCAGCCACUUGCAAUCCUUUUAUAACUGGAAUAAAGAACAUGUUCUUUCACAGUAGAAUGUGAGACUUUAAAGCGCUAUGCUGGACAACAGCAGAGAUAAAGACAGACAAACAGAAGCAUCUCAUGGAAAACCUAAAGAAACUAAGCUAUUAAAACAAUCAUGGACCUGAGGCUGAAACACAUUAAGAGCCAACUGGAUAUGGGUUUCUUCUGAAGCUUUCAUAGAAACCAUACAGACACGAAGUAAAUCUGCACCAAAUGUGUUUUAAUUCUUCAUUCAAGUUGUUUUCAAGCACAAAUACUCAGCUUUUUAUUUGUUAUAUGAUCAUGAAUUAUUAAGUAUGAGUUUCGGUCAGAAUAAAAAAGCUAACUGAAGAUGCCACCUUGAGCUUUAGAAAAAUAUUAAGAGGCAUUUUUAAUAGAUUUGAUGGUCCAAUUUGUCGAUAAUGUAACUUUUCGAAACUGAACUUUUUAAAGUAUAUGGUAUAAUGCGUGAGAAAUGAACUGAAAUGAACUCACACUUUUGGAAACUUAGUUUGAAGCUCAUCAGAUCCACUCUUACUGUGUUUUGGUCUGUAGUGAGAAAGACAGGACAGCAGGGAGAAGGAAACUCAGGUUACAGGUAUGUGGAAGAAAAAGCAAAGGCACAUUCCAGCUAGCAAACAAGUUAUUAUCAUGUAUGUGCCUUCGAUGUUGCCAAUGUAGAGUAUAAUUACUACUCUUAAAAACAGUAAAUAAAUACUUUCUCUACAACUGGAAUAUUGGCCCUUAAAGGGAAAACGACUCACAAACGAGGAGGAAUCCAUUCGCUUCACUCUGACCACUUCUCAUGAAAUGGGUUUAACCCUCCUGUUGUCUUCGGGUCAAAUCUGACCGAUUUACUACUUCAUCAAUCAUAACUUUUUUGUUCUACAU